UUUGAUUGGUACCAUAGAAUUUUCCCUAAUAUAACAGGAAAUGAGAAUGUUGUUUUGGGCCUUCCAGCCUGGCCCAAAUCGAAAUGUUUGGGCUUGGGUCACUCACUUCUUGGGCUGGUUUCUGGGCCAGGCCUGUCAACCGAUAUCAGCCCAAAAAAAUUCGGUCGGGCUUGGGGUUCGGGUUUUUUCUACAUCCUUCCUGGAAUGACAGCUAAUAGGGUUUAAGGUGUUUAAGAGAAGAGAGUGAGGCAGAGUCGGUUGAAAGAGAGAGAUCAAUGGCGAUUCUGCCUGAUGAAAUUAUUGAGAACAUACUGCUGAGAUUACCGGUGAAGUCUCUGCUACGAUUCAGGUGCGUUUGCAAAGCAUGGCGGGCAUUAAUCUCCGAUUCCGAGUUCGCGGAAAUGCACUACCAGCAACCACAAACACAAGCCAGAAGCCGAGUCCUUAUCUCAUGUCCAGGCCGUGUGAUUCGAUCCAUGGACCCUGAUGCAUCUGGUAAUGAUAAUAGUGGGGUAGUGAAUAUCGAUUAUCCAUUGGAACCCUCUAAUUUAGUUUUUCAAAUUCUGGAUUCUUGUGAUGGCUUACUAUGUGUUAUUGAUUCCUUUCAUAACCCUGCUUUGUGGAACCCAUCUACCAGACAAUUCAAUCCCUUGCCGAAGCCUAGUUUUCUUGAAAAUAGUGACAUUUUAUAUGGAUUUACGUAUGACUACUCAAGUGAUGACUACAAGAUUGUAAGGGUGGUUUCUACGUCCCGCGAUGUCAUCAAAACUGAAAUUGAUGUUUUUGAGCUAAAAACCAAUGAAUGGAGAAGGGUUGAGGAAACCCAUUAUAGUAGGCCUGCCUGGGACGUGGGAACUUUUCUUAACGGGGCAUUCUAUUGGCUAGCAUGGCGCCUUAGUGAAGGACAUGAAGGUUUUAGCCGCGUAGUUGUUUCUUUUGAUCUCAAAGAGGAGAGAUUCAAGGAGGUUGAGUUGCCAAGUGAUGUUGGAAUUAUUAAUUUGAGGGUCUUUGGAGGGUACCUUUCUGCGAUGUACCAUGAUUUGUAUGGAGAGCUUACUAAGAUGUGGGUAAUGGAGGAGAAAGCCGGGAAAGACUCUUGGGCAAAUGUGGCGACUUUACCUUUUAGGAGUGAAAAUGAUUCAGAUGGACCUCUGCUGUGCUGGUUUGCAAACUUUUUGAAGAAUGGCGGAGAGUUUCUACUGGUGAUUAAUAAGUGGAAAUUAAUCCUGUAUGAUUUUAAAACAAAAACACACAAGGAUAUUAUGUUUUCCGGUGAUUUGGGUUUGUCCAUUCCGGUUUUAUACACAGAGACUCUAGUUUCACCUUACUGCAUCAAUGAGACCAAUGAGGAUGUCUGACCUCUGGAAAAAUAAGAAGAAAAAGGGAGGAAGGAUAAAUGAGGUGAGUGGUCUUACCAUUUCUCCAUCUGUUUCCUCAUUUCCAGUUGACAUGUUUGAUUUUAUUAGUUUUUUUAUUCAUUUUAUAGAGUAUGCUGUAUCAAUUCCUUGACUAGUUUAAAAGAGCAGAUGUCAAGAGUACUUUAUGGUUAGCUGAAUUUUAUUUAUUAUCUCUUAGGUAAGCAGCUCUAUUGUUAUAAUUCUUUGAUUUAUCUUGUUUUUAAUGUUUAUAAAAGACGAUAGAUGGGGACAAUUCAGUAGGUAAUAACAGUAAAAAAAAAACAGAGGAAA